CCGGCUUCGCGGUGAUGGCUUUUGAAUUAGUCUUAAGGUCUCAAACUACACGCAGUAGCUUUAUCUCUCUCUCUCUCUGCCACCAACCAAACAACAACCUUUGAAUCUUCUCCAAAACCACUCACCAUUUUCAACCUUUGCUUUCUCUGAAACCCGGAUACAAUACCAAAAACUUGUAGUAAACUUUGAUUUCAUUUCAUUUCAAGGUUUCACAAUCCAAUCCUUUUUUUUACCCAUCAUUCUCUCACCAUAUCUGAGAUUUCUUUAAAAUAUCCUAUUUUUCUAGUCAACUUUUGCAUCUUUAGGAUUCUGGGUUUGAGUGAUUUCUCUUUCUUGUUUUUACCAAAAGGUUGAAUUGAGUUGAAUUGAAUGAAAUGGUUUUUGAACUAUGCUCAGAAAAUGGUGGGGUUACCAUGAAUCCAAGGGUUUCAUUCUCACAGGACUUUUCCCAAACAGAUCUCAGACCAGUUGAGGUUGAGGGACACCCUUUGAGAUCAAAUUCAGCUGGUUUGAAUUUAGGCUUUGAUUUUGAUUUCUGUGUUCAUGAAAGCUCAGAGCUUGAGUCAUCUUCAGCAGAUGAGCUUUUCUCAGAUGGGGUUAUGCUUCCCACUGAAAUCAAGAAGAAGAACAGCAGCAAUGCUCCUAAAAAAGCAUUACCUCAUCACCAUCAUCAUUCAUUACCACCACCACCACCACCACCACCACCAUAUGCUGUUUGUGAAAAUGCCUCAACCAGUAAAAUCUCCAAGAAAGUUAGCAUCAAGGACUUGAAUUAUGAAGUGGAUGAUGGGAAGCAUAGCCAUAGCUCCAACUCCAAGUCCUUUUGGAGCUUCAAGAGAAGUACUAGUUGUGGCAGUGGAUAUGGGAGGACCUUAUGCCCCUUGCCACCACUUCUAAACAGAAGCAGUUCAACAGGGUCUUCCACAAAUGUUAAGAAGGAAGGUCCUCCUCAUGUGAAUCAAAAUUCACAGAAACAACGCCAUUCCACCACCACCACCACAAGGUCUUCUUCUCAAACCUUGUGUCCAAACAAUCGUCAAAAGCCUCCAUUGAAGAGGAGUCAUACUCAUACUCAUGGGGCUUAUGCUAAUAUCACUCCUGUUUUGAAUGUUCCUUCUGCAAACCUUUUUGGCUUGGCUUCAAUCUUCUCCAACUACAGAGAUAAGAGUAAGAAGAAGUAACUUGCAAAGAAAAAGAAUCAAUUCUGGCACCCAAAAGCUACUCUCCAGAAUUGAUUUUAGCUUUAGAAUCAAUUGUGAAAGAAUUCCCAAAGUGGGGUCUGUCUAUCUUUUUCUCUAUACUUCCUUCCUGGUUUAUCUUGUAAGUUGAAAAGUAAGGUGUAGCCUACUACAGGUUAAUUUUCUGCUUUGAAAGGUAAUGGUUUGCAUCAAAAAGAAAAAAGUGAUAAAAAAGAUUUGUGUGAAUGGAACUGUCGUGAACAAGAAAUGAUAUAGUACAGGCAUAUGAUUUGGGGUACCAAAUGUCAGGUCAAUGUUGCUUUCAUGGUUGUCCCAUGCUUGUGUUUUUUACCCCUAUGCUUUUGUUCUUUGGUCACACUGUGUAAAUACAUUGAUUUUGCUUUCUUUUUUUUUCUUUCUCUUCUGGUUCUCUCCUAUUCUGCAUGAAAAAACAGAUUAAACGGAGAGGGUGAUUGUACAUUUAUUAGUGAGAGGAGGUUGGUGUGUUUGCCUUCUGUUUUUGGGUGUUAUCGUCCUUCAUGGACUGAUUAAUGAUAAUAAACAUUGUCUUCUGACUAUAA